AUGUCGCGAGCUCCGCGCGACACGAAACUUUUCGCGAAUUUGUUACUCAGCAAUACGAAAGCCAUGGGAGACGUGCAAAAGAAGCUUCAGGAGCUUUCCGACAGCUACCAGACUCUGCAAGCAGAGUUGCAGGGUGCGGUGGAUGCCCGCCAGAAGCUCGAAUCGCAACAGCAGGAGAACACUACAGUCAAGAAGGCUAUGCUCAGACUUGUUGGACAGGAAUUCGAUAUUCUUGAUGAUGAGGCGAACAUCUACAAGCAAAUCGGACCCGUGCUGCUGAAGCAGGACAAGACAGAAGCAGUCAUGGCGGUCAACGGUCGCCUGGAGUUCAUAGACAAGGAGAUCAAGCGCAUUGAGCAACAGAUCAAGGGUAUUCAAGAUAAGGCUGAGACAGUGAAGACGGAGAGAUACCUCAAUGAUUUUGGCUUGCUCUUCAUGCCGCGCUCAACUGUCAUUCUUGAGGUCCACUUCACCGGUGAAAGCCUGUUAGGCAAGUCCUCAGAGUUCUUCAAGCGCGCCAUGAAGCCGGAAUGGGCAAGCUUGAGAGAGGACCCCGAUACCAUCGAUCUCACGGAUGAGCUGUCGGGGCCAGUCUUGCUCUAUGUCCGCUGGCUGUACUCCGGCGAGCUUCAGGUCGACAUACCCGCUUUUCGCAAAGGCGGAGCUGAAGAGAAUCGUACAGCGAGCGAACAAGCGUACAAGAAACUGGCCUCAGCAUAUUUGUUCGGAGAGAUGGUUAUGGACGUCAGCUUCAAGAAUGCAAUCAUACCAAAGUUCAUCGAGACAAAGACUAGAUUCAAAAUUCCGACACAUCCAUACAUCGUGGACGAGCUGUAUUCAGGUACGACUGACAGUUCACCUAUUCGCCGCCUGCUUGCCGACAUCAUUGCUUGUGGAUGCGACCCACGCGAGCCAACCUGGGCUGAAUACCUCAAGGCGAUUCCCCAUCAGGCUGUCAUUGAUAGCAUGAUGGCACUGGCUGCGCUGCAGGACCCCUUGUUCAAGCCCGUGGCUCUGGCUAUGGUCGGGAAAUACCUCGAGAAGGACGAGAAAUAG